GGGGCGGGGUGACCUUGGCCGCGCUCGCGCCGCCCCCGCCCGUUGGCCCUCGCGCCGCCCCGUCGCUGCCGCGGGGGCCGCUGGGGGCUGUAGGCGGAAGAGGCCGGUGACGCUGCGCGGAGCCACCCACGGCGCGACACCUGCGGGGCGACACCCACGGCGCGACACCCGCGGGGCGACACCCGCGGGGCGACACCCCCAGCGCGACAGCCGCCCCGGCCGCGCCGUGCGGCGCCAUGGACGCGCUGCACGUGGCCGGCGUGCGCGUGGCGCAGGCGCUGCAGGCCGGGCCGCCCUGGCUGGAGCCGCUCUGCGUGGCCGUGACCUCCCUGGCCGACCCCAAAAGCGUCUUCACCGUCUGCUUCCCCGCCGCCCAUUUCCUGGACCGCGAGGCGGGGCUGUCGGUGCUGUGGGUCGGGCUGCUCUCGGAGUGGCUCAACGUGGUCCUCAAAUGGUGGCUGUUUGGGGAGCGCCCGUUCUGGUGGGUCCAUGAGUCGGGACUUGCCGAGAAGGUCCCGCUGCGCCAGUUCCCCGUGUCCUGCGAGACGGGACCGGGGAGCCCGUCUGGACACUGCAUGAUCAUGGGGGCCGCGCUCUGGCCACUUGUCACCUUGCUGACGUCACUGGCGUCCCGGCGCUCCCGGAGCCUGGCACUGCGCCUGAGCCCCUUCGUCGCCUACGUGCUGCUCCUCAUCGUCCUCGGGCUCUCGCGCGUCUUCGUCCUCGCCCACUUCCCGCACCAGGUGCUCGGCGGCAUCCUGGCAGGGGCCGCCCUGGGCUGGGGGCUGCAGGGCCGGACCCCCACGUCCCGCCCUGCCUGGUUCUUCCUGGCCGCGGCGCUGGCCCUGCUGCUGGGCACGCUGGCGCUGCACCGCGCGCUGCUGGCUGCCGGCGUGGACGUCGACUGGUCCAUCGCUCUGGCCACCAAAUGGUGCGCCAGCCCUGCCUGGCUGCGCCGCGACACCCGGCCCUUCGCCUCCGUGUGCCGCGACGCGGGCAGCAGCCUGGGGUUGGCGCUGGCGGCCGCGCUGCCCCUGCACCGGGGGCAGCCCCUGGCCCCCCGGCAGCGGCUGGCGGGGGCUGCGCUGGCGCUGGGGGCCAUGCAGGGGCUGCACCGGCUGCCGCAGCCGGAGGACGCCACGCUCUGGUACGGCGCCAGCAUCCUCAGGUACGCGGCUGCGCCCUGGCUGGUGACAUCGCUGCUGCCCCGGCUCGUCCUCUGCCUCCCCCGGGGCGUGUGGGGCGCCCCCCACGCCGAGUAGGGGUCCCCACCAUAGGCUCCCCACCCUCGGGAUCCUCACUGAGCCCCCGUCCUGGCUCUGCCCAUGGCUGGGGCACCCACGUCCCUACGGGUCCCCUGGCCAGUUGUUUGACUCCUGCUGCUCCCCCUGGGGCCACGAGACCCCCCCGGCAUGGGGCAGGGCUGGCGUGUCCCCCUGCCCAGCAGGUCUGGGGGCACAUGUGGGGACAGGCCCAGCCUGGGGGUCACCAGCAAGCAGCAACACCUUCCACUCCACCCCCAGCCGCCCCAGCCCCCCCAGUUCAGUUUUCUCCUGGCGCAGGGAGGGGGAAGGGGCCGGGACCCCCUCACGCCAGGACCCCCGCACUGUGGUGGUCGGAGGGGCCACCACGUUUCUCACCAAAUAAAGGCACCAAUGUGACCAA